AUAUAUCACAGCUUUCCUUCUUUCUUCUUUCUUUCUUUCUUACUUUCUUUCUUACUUUCUUUCUUCAUCUUCCAAAUCAGAUAUAUUUCGGAGUCAAAUUAAGAUGUAUAAAGCCAAUAAUAAUAUAGAUACAGAGCAUGGAUAUGUGGAAACUGAUCCUACUGGUCGGUAUGGUAGAUUCGAACAAGUGCUUGGGAAAGGAGCAAUGAAAACAGUGUACAAAGCAAUUGAUGAGGUCCUUGGAAUGGAGGUGGCAUGGAACCAGGUAAAGCUGAAUCAGGUGCUGCGCUCUCCUGACGAUUUGGAGCGGCUGUACUCUGAAGUUCACCUCCUUAGCACUCUCAAUCAUGACUCCAUCAUUAAUUUCUACACCUCCUGGAUUGAUGUUCAUCACCACAACACCUUCAACUUCAUCACUGAAAUGUUUACUUCAGGAACUCUUAGAGAAUACAGGAAGAAAUAUAACCGAGUGGAUAUCAGAGCCAUUAAGAACUGGGCUCGCCAAAUAUUAGAGGGUCUUGUCUACCUGCAUGCUCAUGAUCCUCCUGUCAUUCAUAGGGACCUUAAGUGUGAUAAUAUUUUUGUCAACGGCCAUCUUGGAAAAGUCAAAAUUGGUGAUCUAGGACUUGCAGCGAUUCUCCAAGGAUCCCAAUCAGCACACAGUGUCAUAGGCACUCCUGAGUUUAUGGCUCCAGAACUAUAUGAAGAGGAUUACAAUGAACUAGUUGAUGUCUACUCAUUUGGGAUGUGCGUUCUAGAGAUGUUUACAUCUGAAUAUCCAUAUAGCGAAUGUGUCAAUCCUGCACAAAUUUACAAGAAAGUGACCUCGGGGAAACUCCCAAGAGCAUUCUACCAGAUUCAAGACUUGGAGGCACGGCGAUUUAUUAGACAAUGUUUAGAAAAUGCCUCAAACAGACCAACAGCAAAACAACUAUUCCUUGACCCUUUUCUGUGCUCGGAUCUGGGGCCUAUGAGAAAGCUUGGCAGUCCCAAGGCAUUUCUGAAUCCAAGGGAAAUCGACAAACUGCAUUUGAGUGAUGAUCCUGCAAAGACACAGAUGACAAUCACAGGGAAGCUCAAUCCUGAAGACGACACUAUCUUUCUUAAAGUACAAAUUGCAGAUAAAUUAGAUGGUUCUACCCGGAACAUAUAUUUUCCUUUUGACAUUGUAAAUGAUACACCAUUGGAUGUUGCAAUGGAGAUGGUGAAGGAGCUAGAGAUAACCGAUUGGGAGCCGUUUGAAAUUGCAGAAAUGAUUGAUGGUGAGAUUUCUGGUCUAAUGCCAGGACGGAGGAAACCGGACUUCUUUCAUCCUGAAGCCUACCAUACGUUUAACUACCAAGAAGAUGUCGAGGGGCCUCAUCAUCUAUUUAAAUCUUUCUCCUCAUGUUCUUCAUCCCAAGCAUCGUUGUCUGGCUUGAUGGCUCAUGGCUAUAGUUGUCCUCAAGGUAUGCCUUUUUGUUUACACAAUUAUACAUGAGAUGCAUCAUUAUUGUUCAACAUCAACACUGGCCUACUAAACUACUGGGUGGAAAUUAAACCCUUUGACUUUUG